AUGACCACGACAACUGUGCAAUACUUUGCUGAACUUUUACAAAGAUAUGGCAUUGAUACUGUUUUCGGAAUCGUAGGUAUUCCUAUUGUUCAACUAGCGGAUACGAUGGUUUCCAAAGGUAUCAAGUUCAUACCAUGCAGGAAUGAACAGGCUGCCUCAUACGCUGCCUCUGCGUAUGGGUAUGUUAACGAUAAACCUGGUGUAUUACUUAUUGUCGGGGGUCCCGGUUUGAUUCACUCUUUGGCCGGUAUAUACAACUCAAUGAGCAAUAGGUGGCCCCUCUUAGUCAUUGCCGGAAGUUCUUCCCACGGUGAUACCCAUAAAGGUGGAUUUCAAGAGUUGGAUCAGGUAAGUUUAUUGUCCCCUUUUCUAAAGUUUACUGGCAAGUUGGCCCCUGACAAUAUCCGCAUGAUUACUCAGAAGGCUUUGAAUCAUUGUAUACAAGGCACAGCAGGUGUUGCAUACAUUGACGUCCCCGCAGAUUUUAUCGAGUAUGAAAAACCUCUAGAGGGAAACUGCCACAUAGGUGAUGAAUUGCCUGUGAUUUUAACUCCAAACAAAUGUGGCCCGGAUCCAUCCAGAAUCAAAGAAGUGGUACAACUCAUUCUAAAAAACAAAGAAAAUAAUAUUCUCGUUGUUAUUGGGAAAGGUGCGGUGAAAAAUUCUCACGAAGUUCGUAGGCUGAUAAACAAAUUCAAUAUUCCAUUUUUGCCGACCCCAAUGGCUAAAGGUAUUGUCCCAGAUUCUUCGCCUCUAAACGUUUCAUCUGCGAGAUCUCAAGCCUUGAAAACAGCUGAUAUUGUUCUUGUUCUUGGUGCAAGAUUAAAUUGGAUAUUGCAUUUCGGUGCCUCUCCCAAAUGGAACUCGGAGUCCAUUUUCAUUCAGUUCGAUUCCAAUCCUGAAACGUUAGGUGAUAACAAUAUUUCACCUGGUGCAGACCUUUCAGUUUGGGGCGAUAUAGGAUUAAGCGUUACUGCCCUAAUGGAAGAAGUGGUACGGCAGGAUCCUUGCUGGAAAUACAGCGGCAUCAGUCAAGCUAUUCAGGAGAAAAUUCAAUUCAACCAAACCCGCUUAUUGAAGAAAGAAAGAACCGGAGGGACACAGUUAAAUUACCACCAGGUUUAUGGAACCUUGAGACCCCUCAUCGAUGACUAUAGGACAUUUCUUGUCACGGAGGGAGCAAACACCAUGGAUAUUGCACGCGUUUCAUUCCCUACAAAUGCACCAAAGCGCCGGUUAGAUGCAGGGACUAACGCGACUAUGGGUGUUGGACUUGGAUACGCGCUAGCCUGCAAGGCGUCCCAUCCAGAGCUGGACGUAGUGCUGAUUCAAGGUGAUUCCGCGUUCGGGUUCUCCGCCAUGGAAAUCGAAACCGCAGUAAGGUGCCAGUUGGCACUGGUCAUCGUUGUGAUGAAUAAUAGCGGUAUAUACCAUGGAGAGAAGGACACCGGGUCUGAUCUACCCCCUACGGCACUAAGUAAGAACUGUCGCUAUGAUUUAGUGGGCAAAGGACUAGGCGCCAACGGGUUUUUUGUGAACACAUUGAGCGAACUGGGCAGAAGCUUCCAGAAAGCUGUGCAACUGUCCCGCACCAAGAUGGAAACAAGUGUUAUCAACGUCAUUAUCGAGCCCGGCGAACAGAAGCAAAUCUCUUUUGCUUGGCAAAACAAACCUCGUCUAUGA